UACACGGAAACCAAAGAAAUAAGUCUUCUAGCAAAAUUUGUCUUUGUUUCAGUUGUUGUAUAUUUAAGAUUUCACAUUGCCGUUACUGCUUCAAUAUUGGCCGUGAACAUCGAAGCAAUGGAGUGUACUGGGUUCAGGAACUAUUAUUUGAUAUAGUAAAUGAAGCAAAAACAACGAACGAAAUCGAAAUUCAGAAACGUUUGCGGCAAUGUCGACGACGUAGUGCUGCUGUUGAGGCGCAAGCACUGAAAGAAAGCCGACAGUCGUUUGAAUUAACUGACGAAGAAUUACUGAAGGCUUUUACAGAUGCUAAGGAUUAAUC